UCCGAUGGCGUCACAACGUUCACCGCCGUCCGCCUUUUAUUUAUCCCGCUUUGAGGUCUGGAAGUGAAACUCGGCAUAACUGUUUCAAAAAAACGACCCAAACAGCAUCUCGUACGCCUAUUCGUCCCGCACACCAGGAGGAUAUGGCGUCACCGUCGUCUUCCCUCUCCGUGUCGUGCAGAUCCAGUUAUGAUGACUGCAAAGAGACGGCCGACUGGCUGCUGGCCCAGACCAAGCAGAGGCCCAGAGUGGCCAUCAUUUGUGGGUCAGGCCUGGGUGCUCUGGCUGACUUAAUUGAAGACAAAAUUGUUUUCCCUUAUAAGGAAAUCCCGGGUUUCCCAACUAGCACGGUGGCAGGCCAUGCUGGUCAACUGGUUUUCGGGAAACUGCAGGGCCGGGAGUGUGUCUGCAUGCAGGGUCGAUUCCACUUCUACGAAGGUUACAGCCUGCACACUGUGACGUACCCCGUGCGAGUCUUCUUCCUGCUGGGUGUGGAAACUCUGAUUGUUACGAAUGCAGCAGGUGGACUCAAUGGCAACUACAAAGUGGGGGAUAUUAUGGUCAUUAAGGAUCAUAUCAACUUGCCGGGGUUUGGUGGAGAGAGCCCACUGGUUGGACGCAAUGAUGACAGGUUCGGAGUGCGCUUCCCUUGCAUGUCAGAUGCCUAUGACCGGAACCUGAGGGCUUUGGCCAUUCAGACAGCACAUGAGCAGAAAUGUGGCAACUUCCUGCAGGAAGGGGUUUACUGUAUGGUGGCUGGACCAAAUUAUGAGACCAUCGCAGAAUGCAACGUCCUACAUAAAUUUGGAGCGGAUGCUGUUGGUAUGAGCACAGUCCCAGAGGUAAUGGUGGCACGUCAUUGUGGCUUGCGUGUCUUGGGUCUCUCGCUGAUCACCAACAAGGCCGUAACAGAUUAUGACAGUCAUGAGAAAGUAAACCAUGAGCAGGUGCUCAUGACCACCAGCCUUCGAGCACAAGAACUCCAGAGGCUUGUCAGACAUCUUGUCACGAAGCUCUAGCACCUUCAGUUCCAAUCUGCUGGAAACAAAAAGGGUAUCCGUCCUUCAACGAUAGGGUUGAGAUAACCAUAGACAUCCGAGUUGUUCAAUAAGAGGGGAAAUCAUCCAUCUUGAUUUCAGGUAGUGAUAAGCUAGGACAUAGAAUAAGGAGACCAUACCCUAUAACAACGCAAUAUUUGGGCAGCAGCUCGUCAAU